AUGCCAAAUUACAACCACCUUAAACCCAAUGGGUUGCAAUGCCCAAGCUGUUUCUCCAGGAAUUCAGAUUAUUGCGACAGCCAGGGGAGAACCGUCCAGUGCCGAGGAACUGAGGAUCAAUGUGUUGAUAUGACAUUUGACAUGAGUCUAUAUGGAUUACCCAAUCAACGUAUUACUGUGCAAGGUUGUGCAAACAAGGCUUUAUGUUUCUACCCCAUGGGGAAAUCAUAUUUAGGUAAUGGCCUGCUACAAUUUGACAUCUUCAGCAAGUACUGCCAGAGUGUCAAGGGAUCAUCCAAGCAGCCCGAAACAAAGGGGUAAAUAGAUGAGACGAGAACCCUCCUCCCCGUGAAUUCCACCAUUUGUAAAGGAAAGAAAGACAUUGUCGCCCUAUUGGUGAAAGCAAGGGAGGUCUGGGACCUCAGGAUUCUUUGGUUUUCUUCUCUUUCUUUUCUGGAUUUUUCUUCUUCUUCUGGUGAACAGCAAGAGAAUUUCAAGGGGUCAGAACAAGAGGGUUUAUAUAUGCUGAUUUUGGACUUCUAGCUCAAGGGGAUGCUGUUGUAGGCAUGGGCACAGGGAGAGAGGGAGCUAUGU